CUUUUGCGCUAGGGUUGUCACUUUGCCUACACACAACACUCACGACAUCAGCCGGUGUGUCCCUGUCGUUUUGUUCUAAAAUUAUAAAAUCUGUCAGCCGCGGGUUUUUUAUUUUGUAAUUUUUAAGAGUUACGUAAGUUAAUUGAACUUAACAGGAGCCAUAAUAGGAGUUAAUGUGGCGAGGCGUGCGGCAAGCAUGUCAAACAAUUGAAGCUCAUACGAGUAAAAGUGUCCUGAAUCCACGGUUGAUAGCGUGCGUGCAAGCGGGCGAGUCCGCCCCGCCGAACGCUCCGCUCCGAGUGUCCACUCAGGCACAGUAUAAGGACGAUCGGUAUUUAACUCUCUCGCUCACUCCGCGCGCGACUGGCAGCGCGGCCCGUACUGACGCGAUCCUCCGGUUCCGCAUGUACUCGCUGAACCUCGCUGCAGUCGCUGCGUGCGAGCGCUACUCAAGGAUACACCGCACGGCGCAAAAUUUGUUAGAAGAAGUAUUACUGGUUUUAUAUUGUGACUUAGGUCUUACACUGAGAGAACAGAAUAUUUCGAAUAUUUUCGCAAACUUCAGUUGACUGUACUAAAUUCAUUAUUAUUUAUAAAUUACUGACUUUAAUUCCUAAAUAUUUAACACUAGUAAUAAACAUUCCCAGUAAUAUAAGUUUCAAAAUUGUCUAAUAUAAGCAUUUUUCCAUAAUACGGGUAGUACAACGUGUUGUAUUUAUGAUUAUUAUUAAUUAUAUUUUUAUAGUUAAGUGUUACUAAUUUUGGAGCCAUAUUAUUUGUAAAAAUGUAAUUGCAAAUAAAUAAUGAUAAUAUU